AUGUAUUCCUUCCUCUUGUAUAUUAUAUUAUUUUUGUUAUUAUUGUGUGCUGUAUUAAUCAGUGAAAGCUGCAGUUAUUUGGUGCUAACAACGGUGGAGACAAAGACUUUCGCGUCGAUGUGA